AAUUGGAAGUUACAGAUUUUGCCGUCAGCUUACCUUAUGCUUUUUGAUCUGGUUCUUUUCCUCAAACAGUGGAAACAUUUUUCUUUCAAGUUGCUUUUGUUGCAGAGUUAAGCGAAUGGCUGAUAGUGGCUUUGAUAAAAUAUCCAAAAAAUGCUCCAACUGUUCAUGUACUUCUGAGAAAGAUGUACUUUGUUUAUGUUCCUGUAAAACAAGGGUUUCUCCAAUGUCGGUGGUGGAAAUGUCAGCGUCAUCAAGCAUUAGUGGUUCAGACAUUUCACGUUCACCAGAGAGAAAAAAAGAACAGCAAACCAGCAAAAAUAAUGCCUCUGCAAAAGAUGUGCUGUCAAGAAUCUCAAAUAUAGAGAGGAGGGCGUCUCAACAACAGUGGAGUCGGAGCAACUUUACAGACGGAAAAGUUCCUCAUAUAAGGAUGGACGAUGGAGCUGCUAUUGAGGAAAUCUAUACUUUUGGAAGAGUAUUGGGACAAGGGAGCUUUGGAAUGGUCAUUGAAGCGACAGACAAAGAAACAGAAACUAAGUGGGCCAUUAAAAAAGUGAACAAGGAAAAGGCUGGAAGCUCUGCUGUGAAGUUACUUGAACGGGAGGUGAACAUCCUAAAAAGUGUGAAACAUGAACACAUCAUACAUCUGGAACAAGUGUUUGAGACGCCCAAGAGAAUGUACCUUGUGAUGGAGCUCUGUGAGGAUGGAGAACUCAAAGAAAUUCUGUGUAGGAAAGGGCAUUUCUCAGAGAAUGAGACAAGGUGGAUCAUUCAAAGUCUUGCAUCCGCUAUAGCAUAUCUUCACAAUAAGGAUAUAGUACAUAGAGAUCUAAAACUGGAAAACAUAAUGGUUAAAAGCAGCUUUAUUGAUGCUAACAAUGAAAUGAACUUAAACAUAAAGGUGACUGAUUUUGGCUUAGCGGUGAAGAAGCUUGGUAGGAGUGAAGGUAUGCUACAGACCACGUGCGGGACUCCUAUCUAUAUGGCCCCUGAAGUUAUCAAUGCCCACGACUAUAGCCAGCAGUGUGACAUUUGGAGCAUAGGUGUCAUAAUGUACAUUUUGUUAUGUGGAGAACCACCCUUUCUGCCAAGCUCAGAAGAGAAGCUUUUUGAGUUAAUAAGAAAGGGAGAAUUACAUUUUCAUGAUCCCAUCUGGGAUUCGAUAAGUGAUUGUGCUAAAAGUGUUUUGAAACAGCUUAUGAAAGUCGAUCCUGCUCACAGAAUCACAGCUAAGGAACUACUAGAUAACCAGUGGUUAACAGGCAAUGCACUUUCUUCGUUGAGACCAUCCAAUGUGUUAGAAAUGAUGAAAGAAUGGAAAAAUAAUCCAGGAAGUGAUGAGGAAAACACAACAGAUCAAAAGAACAAGUGGUCCACUGAAGAAAAGUUGAAAGAUUACCCAGCCAGUGGACCCAGCGGAAAUGUCCAUGAUGUCACUAACACUUCAGAUGAAGACGAGGAAAAACAGCCCACUGCUUAUAAAACGAAAGUUCCUGUGACCAGUAAGAAGGAAAAUAUGGACAACUUGGACAUGAGCUAUUCAAAUUCCACAUCUGGCAGACUCCUCCCAUCUGGAAUCCAGGGAGAAACAGAGAAGUCCCUUGUGACUUCAAGCCAAGGAACAUCCACCAAAUACACUGCUAAAUCCUUUGCCCUAUCUAGAACCAAAAAGAAAUUCUAAGAUGACUCCAAUGCUGAAUAGUACACAAACAGAGCUGCUGUGUCUAAUGCUAAAAUGAGAAUAGGAGGGGACCCGAGCUUUUAGCCCUUUAGCUCCACCGAGCCCUGCGGUGUGUUUGCACGAGCUUAGAAUUGAAGCUAGUUAUCACCACGCAGCGUGGUGUUAAAGGACAGCCAACAACGGGCUUGAUGGUGGGCUGCAGCUGACGUCAGCUCGAGAUGUUUUCGAAGGUUGUUUAGAGGAGCGGGUGCCCUCAGAGCGAGGCUGUGGGCGUACUUGCUCAGUUUUACUUCACAUUCUUAGAUUUAGGCACAGUUUUUAUAGGGGAAAAUGAGAGCCAAAUGUGCUCAUGGAGGUCCCUAAUAAUUAGGUGCAGUUUGCACUGGAAGACUUUGUUAGGAAAUUACUAAUAAAUUUACCAUGGGCACAACAGCACAAGUACUUUGGCCAUUCACGCGUGUUCUUGUGAUUGUAGGUUGCUACGGAUUGUUUCAGACAACUUACUUUAAAUGUAGAAAAAUAGGAGAUUUUGUGACUGCUUGCCAUUAACUUGCUGCUAAAUUCCCAAUGUAUUGAUUGAAUCAAUAAAAGACAGAUGUUACCCACGCACAUUAAUUUUUCAUGUUAACAAGAAGUGACUAUAAUAAGGACCUCUAAGCCCAUCUGCAAAUUACAAGCUUGGCCGGCUGCUGGAAAGGGAGAUACACAUCUUCAGGGAAUACAGUUUGGGAUACAGGGGAAAACACAUCAUCAUCCUUAGUAUCGGAGGUGUCUCCUUCACCUAGGCAAGUAAUUUUGCCAUUCCUGGUUAAACUGGGUGAACAGAUGCUUCGCUUGGCCUUCCAAACAAAUUCUGAAAGAACAGUUUGCAUGUGCUUCUACCUUUAUAAAGUCACCUAGUUUCCUUCCAACCCUCCUCCCAUGCGAUUGUCAUUUAGGCCUCCAUUGUGACCCACACACCUGGCCAGCUGAGCUUGUACUGGUUGCACGUAGAUCCACUCAGUGGCUAAAGGGAGUAGAUGUGCUUCCUGCACUUAAUUUGGAAGACGCAGAUGUGUUACCCCGGCUCGUUUCUGCCGGCAUUCUCUUAGUGUCUUCACUGUGCUUCCCGUGGAGGAAUCCCAACCAAAGCUAGUUUAAAUGUCAACUUAAUUUUAAAACUGGAGUUGCCAUAGCUUCUUCAAGGUGUCUCUUACUAAUUAUCGCUUCCAGUCCCAUUAGGAGCCCGUAAACCACCCCUCCGGGUGUAGUGGGCCAGUCUGGGAGGAGCACAUUCUGGGUCCCAGCCUCAUUAGCUUGGUGGGGUCCCUUCCCCACUGGUUCUCCUAUUGGCAGACGGGAGAGCUGGCUGCUGGUCUCUUUGCAGAAAAGCCAACCAUGACAGUGGUUUCAAUUCUGUCCAUCCCCUGGGCUGGAAAAUGGAAUAUUCUCUGUAUUCAAAAUGCUCUUACUUGCAUAGUAUGAUACAGUCUUUUGUAUCACAGAGAAUUCUGUUGUUAAAUUCAGUGCUAUCCAAAUUUCUAUCCACAUUGCUCUUUGGUCUUAAAUUAGUGAUUCCGCUUAGUGAGCUUGAGCAGACGUCCAGAACUAAGCUCUCAGUGGAAGGUGAAGUCAUGUUAUAACCUUGUAGUGUGUCUGCAGCCUUUCCCACCCAGCACCAGGCGAGGCUAACCAUCCUUCUACUGUAAAGAUGUGUCCGAUUCGCUCUCCUCUGUCUAGGCCUUCAUUUUAUUUAAGUAGAAUCAUUUUA